AUGUCAUCACAGGAGCCAUGGAGUUCUAGCAACAAGGACCAUGACUGUGUCCUGAGUCUACCGAUCUACAGUGAAAAUCUCACACCAUGUGCAUCACACCAUGAACCUGAGACAUCAUACCAUGAACCUGAGACAUCACACCAUGAACCUGAGACAUCAUACCAUGAACCUGAGACAUCACACCAUGAACCUGAGACAUCAUACCAUGAACCUGAGACAUCACACCAUGAACCUGAGACAUCACACCAUGAACCUGAGACAUCAUACCAUGAACCUGAGACAUCAUACCAUGAACCUGAGACAUCACACCAUGAACCUGAGACAUCACACCAUGUGCAUCACACCAUGAACCUGAGACAUCACACCAUGAACCUGAGACAUCACACCAUGAACCUGAGACAUCACACCAUGAACCUGAGACAUCACACCAUGAACCUGAGACAUCACACCAUGAACCUGAGACAUCACACCAUGAACCUGAGACAUCACACCAUGUGCAUCACACCAUGA